AUGGCCACUAGUGUUCCUUCUUAUGAUAUAGCCUCAAUUAAAACACCUUGUCACCAUGGUGAAGGUGACUCUCUAAAGAUGAUUCACCCUCUCCAAAAUGCUGCCCUUAUGCCCAAAGUACUGGUCCCAGACAAAAUGCCUGAGUCAAACAUCAGCCACUUGUUGACGGUUCCUUCUGCUGGUGUGUUGGAUCAUUACACGGACAACUACGACAUAGACUAUGGCACUCCACCCGACGAGAUCCCAGAUACCACACAGGGCCUGGCUUUCUUCGUAGCCACCAUCAUCAUCGGUGUUGUCCUCGUAUGCAUCAUGCUGGUGUGCGGCUUGGGAAACUUCAUCUUUAUCGCCACGUUGACGCGCUACAAGAAGCUGCGCAACCUCACCAACCUGCUCAUCGCCAACUUGGCUAUCUCGGACUUCCUAGUGGCGGUGGUGUGCUGUCCCUUCCUGGUAGACUACUAUGUGGUCAAACAGCUGUCGUGGGAUCAUGGUUUGGUACUGUGCGCGGCAGUCAACUAUCUCCGCACCGUAUCGCUCUACGUGUCCACAAACGCCUUGCUCGCGAUUGCGGUGGACAGGUACAUGGCCAUUGUACAUCCGUUGAAGCCUCGAAUGAAGUACGAAACAGCCUACUGCCUGAUCACCGGAGUCUGGAUUAUUCCCAUUCUCAUCUCCAUUCCCUCGGCUUACUUUGCCUCAGAGACCAUGUACCCUCACGGAGGCACAACGUCAACCACUCACAAAGUCUUCUGCGCUCAGAUCUGGCCCGUGGACCAGCAGGCCUAUUACCGUUCCUACUUUUUGUUAGUAUUUGUUGUGGAGUUCGUCGGACCUGUGAUCGUCAUGGCGAUGUGUUAUACCCAAAUUUCUCGCGAGCUCUGGUUCAAGAAUGUGCCUGGUUUCCAGACAGAGCAGAUAAGGAAGCGGCUGCGCUGCCGGCGUAAAACCGUGAUGGUCCUUAUUGGGAUCUUAAUGGCAUACAUCCUGUGCUGGGCUCCGUACUACGGCUUCACGAUCCUUCGGGACUUCCACCCGACGCUAAUCUCCCGCCAGAAGAAUUCCCUGGUGGUCUUCUACAUCAUCGAGUGUCUUGCUAUGAGUAACAGCAUGAUCAAUACCUUCUGCUUUGUCAGUGUCAAGAACAACACCGUCAAGUAUCUAAAGAAGAUUGUGCUGGUGCGAUGGAGGUCAACAUACGCCCCUAGUAGGACUGUGGAUGAAAUUGAUUUAAGGACCUCAUCCUUGCCUGUCACAGAGGAGAUUGAAUGCAUCCAUCUUAGGUAGACGCGGGAACUGAAAUCUGUAUUGCUAAUGUGACAAAUGAGGAUACAUAAUUAUAUUUCACAGGUUUUACUGUAGAAGCACAAGAGAGGACAUACGCAAACCAAAGAAAUUAGUGGGAAAUCCUGUGCACACUUGAGCAAAUGUGAUCAUUAUCCUCUCUGUUCUUGCUUAAAAAAAAAAAAAAAAAAUCCAUACAGUGUCAUACAAAAUGGUAAAUUCUGCUACAAUAAAUUACACAAAUAAGAACAAAAAAAUGCUCUUAGAAUAUUUUUUUCAAUACUGGCAUAAGUAGCAUUAUG